CGGCCUGGGUUCGAAGGAGUCACUGGAAGCUUUAGAUAAAAACUUUAACCAUCUUUUUGCUUCUACUAUGGAUGCAGAACUGAUCGAACGAAUAAGAAAUUUUUAUUUUGGGAGCGAACCAAUAACCGAAAAGCUGCUCAUGAAUGUGUCAAAUCUGCUGGCGGACCUGCACAUGGUGGAGCCCAUGGAGCGCACGCUGCGGGCGCUGGCCGCACACUCUCCGCCGCCGGCCUUCCUCUACCUGCUGUCGCACCAGCCUCGCCACAGCUUCUGGGGGACGCCGCUGCACCUCAUAAACAGUCUGGGAGUGGCCGGCGUGCCCCACGGGGAGGACCUGGCGGUGCUGUUCCCGCUGCUGCCCGGGGAGCCGCCCGCUGGCCAGAGGGUCCCUGAGGACGACUUGGUGCGCCUCUACUUCGCCACGGCAGUCGCCAACUUCGCGAGGACCGGGAACCCUGCACCAAAGACUAAUGAGUUGAUGAAGGAAGAGUGGCUCCCCUUCACGCUGGAGGAUCAAGCGUUUAUGAAUGUAUCUUCUGUGCCCAAGAUGCAGCGGAACAUCAUGGCAGAUCGCAUCCAAUUUUGGAGAGAACUAUUAGCUGAUAUGGAGAUGAAAAGAAACAAAGAGAUCUCGCAAAAGCAACCAAAUCAUGCUGCAGCGGCGUUGCAAAUGCAGUGUUUGUUGACGAUAUUUGUUUGUUCACUAAUGUUUGCUGCCUUUUUUCAGUAAAACACAAAAAGUGCUACUUCUAAUCUAAGAACAACAUACAUGUGAAUGUAUUAACAGCAAGUUUCUCCUUUGGAGGAAUAAUAAAGGAUAUUUCCAAUUCCCA